GAAGGCAACACUCUCAUUACCAUGGCAACCACCUACUGGCCUCCGGUCAAGCCUGAAGAGUUAGAGAAAGGGGCUAGAGUGCAUUUUAUAGCACCAGAUUUAUGUCCCUGUUUUCGUCAUUUCGAGCGGAUUGGAGACCAAAACAACCAAUCAGUUUUUUUUUGCAUCCAAGUCUGUGAUUGGCUGGUUUUGUGGCACAAAUAUAACGGUGUACAGAAAGAGUUGAGCGCGCAUGGGCAGAAAUGUUGAGAGCGCGAGCAACACAACGCGAGGAAGCGCCAAUGCAAAAACUGAGGAGAGGGGCUGCUGUGUGCGUGUGUGGAUAAUAGCAAACACUGAAAUACAGUUUUUGCACGCAGGAAUGCUUUUCUUUUGAGCUUUUCUUUUGAGCUUUUCUUCGCUCAAAAUAAAUUUCUCCUGAAAAUGCAACACUUGCACCUGCAAACUUUUUUUUACGUGCGCUCAGAAUAGUGGCACAAAAAUAACGACACAUCCGGGGAUUCUGAGCGUACUCGGGCGGCGACUGAUGACGUUGACUGAUCGGGAUUGGGCUGUGGGUUUGUUACAGUUGUCGGCUUUUCUAACUUCGACGAAACUCCAGCUGACGCGUGCUGGUGGUAAAUUGUUUUUGUUUAGGUGUUUUUUUUGUUUUGUUGUUGUGUUUUGCUUAGUUUAAUUAAUCAGACAAAGGUUCAUGUAACUUCAGAGGAAGAAGCGGCAGAGUUUGUUCAGGAAGUUUCGCAUUCAUUAAACUCUUCAAACCAUGGCGUGCGCGGUGAACGGCAUGUCAGAUGAGAGAAUCGGGGAAGCCCUGAUCAAAGAAGUCAUAGAGGAAGAGCUGAAGGAUGUGCCCUCAGAGGAUGUCCCGCCUCUCACUCCACUGGCUGUGGAGGGGAAGACUGAGCAGGAGGAGAAGCUGGUCAAGCAGCUGAGCAAAAUGAUACGUAUCGUCGGUGACAGAGUGCAGCAUGACCAAGAGUUUCAAGAUGUGAUAGAUGGUGUGGCUUCUGGCUCUGGCUCCAAGUCAGAGAACUUCAGACGAGUGGCAGACAAAGUGUUUGAGGACGGCAUCACCUGGGAGAGAAUCGCUGUGCUCAUCUAUGUAGCCGGCAGGCUUGCUGUCAAG